GCACUGACGGCACUCACUCACCGCAAGCGAGAGCGCCGUCGGCAAGCCACGACGGAUAGGAGGAAGAAGAAGAUGAAGUUGGCAGAGAUAGAGAUCGAGAGAGAGAGAGAGAAAAGAAAAGAGAAAAGGGAGCGAGGAAGAAUCGAGCGAGCGAGAGAGAGAGAGAGAAAAAAGAGGAGCGAGGAAGGACUGAGCGAGCGAGAGAGAGAAAAACGGGGAGUGAGGAAGGAUCGAUCGAGCGAGCGAGCGAGAGAGCCAAGUCCAUGGGUGGCAGGAUUCUCUCGCGCUCGACUCUCGAGUAGUAGUCGUUGUUGUUGUUAAUGUUGGUAGAGGAGGAGGAGGAGGUGGAGGAGAAUAAUAGUAAUAAUAAUCUUGAGUAAGUCCGGACCAAUUCUCUUCCCUUCCCUUUCUCUUCCCUCUGGCUGACUUUGAACAGCUGGUGCAAAUGGCUGGCUCCUCCUCCUGUUUCGCAUGAUGCUGCAAGGUUGUCGUCGUCGUCUUCGUCUUGCCCUCGUGGGGAAGCUUUCGUGGAUUGAGAUCAUGGGCCUACUAAUAAGGGUGUUGCGUACUGACUUCGUCCUUGGGAUUUCAGCAGGGGAAUGCGAUUGAUAUAAGUUGAUAUGCCGUUGUGUUUAUUUGUAGUGCUCUAGCGCACUGCGGUUGCACGUGUUGGGUGAUUCUUCUUGUGCACAGUUUUUUGUGUCUGUAGCAAUGACAGUUAGUAAUGGAAGUCCGGAGGCGAAUAAUGGUUCUGUUGCUCCCUCGAGCCCGAGGUCUGACGGCGAGUGGGGACGAGUUGGUGAGGAUGAGACUAACAGAGAGUCGAGGCAUAAUGUGGAGAAUCGCUUGAAAUCAGGGCAGGAUAAGAAAGUUGAAUUAGAAAGCAAUGAAGAGGUGGAGAACCAAGACGAGGUUGAAAUAGAGAAUGCACCACCGCAUCUGAUCAGGGGUUUGCCUAGUGGUAGCCCGAAGCAGAGCUUGGAGUUCAAGAGUGGUGGUGUAGAGCCCACUGUUCAUAGUAGAUCGCGGCUUCGGUCAUGGUCCUUUGGAAAUGUGCUGGAUGGUUUCAGACUUGACAAAGAGGACGAUUCCAUGCAGAAUUCCAGUUUUCCAAACCCUAGUGCGUUUAAUCCUAGUCCGUCUCCAAGUAGGAAACCUAGAAAUGGCGAAGUGGAGAGUAAUACUAGCUCCCCGUCAAGGCUCGAGUCGCCGUUGUCUAAGGGGUUACCGCUAAGGCAAGGAUCUCCCAUGCCACAUAGGUCACCGCUAAGGCAAGGAUCUCCCAUGCCACAUGGGUCUCCGCUAAGGCAAGGAUCUCCUAUGCCACAAGGGUCUCCGCUACGUCAAGGAUCCCCAAUCAUGAAGAAAAUACUGACUCCAUCGAUAUCUUUCGCCCGAAUUGAGGGAGAGAAGGAGGAGAAGUCGAGAAUGGUUUCCUCAAUGGAGGAGCUGGAAUUGAAGGAUGGCAUCAAGCUUCCUCUGAUAGGAGAGGUGCGGUGGGAAGACCUCAAGCGGCAUGCAAUGGUAUGGCUGAGGAAUCCAAAGAAUCUAGUGUUGCUCGUUUGGAUAAUUGCUGUAGCUGUGUCGGGGGCCAUCUUGUUCAUGGUCAUGGUGGGGAUGCUGAAUGCAGUACUUCCGAAGAAGAGCGAUCGUGACCUUUGGUUUGAGAUUUCGAAUCAGAUUCUGAAUGCGCUCUUUACCCUCAUGGCGCUCUACAAUCAUCCCAUCAGGAUUCUUCAUUUGAUCUAUUUGAUUCGAUACAACCCUACUGACAUCAUCAGGCUUCGGCGAAAUUACUGCAAGAAUGGACUUCGGAAACCACAUGAAUGGGCUCACAUCUUGGUGGUAGUGCUUCUUCUGCAUUUGAAUUGCAUUGCUCAGUAUUGUCUUUGUGGUCUUAACUGGGGUUAUCGGCGAGCAAACCGCCCUCCAAUCGGUGUAGCCGUCACCCUUCUUUUAUCCUUCGGGGCAGCUGCAGCAGCUGGAAUCUACAACUCAUUGAGUCCGUUGGGAAGGGAUUAUUUCGUAGGAGUUGAUGAAGAGGUUGCACCCGACGAGGUUGAUCUCAUUUCAGACAAAAUGGAGAGGGCCGAGUGUACAGGGCACUCGUCCUCAAUCCAUCCAACUUUGUUCAAGCUGCACAACCCUAGAUACAAACUAUUAGAGAAGAGCAAGUCUUUUGCAUCUCGAGAAGGAAAGCCUGUAUUAAAUCCAGAAUGGGAAGGUGGCGUGUUCGACUGUUACGAUGAGCCCACCAUUAGCAUCCUAGCAAUUCUUUGCUCUCCUUGUGUAAUGGGGUUUAAUUACGAGAGGCUUGGGUUUGGUAACCGCUAUGUGCAUAUUGUAACUUUCUUCCUCCUGCUAGGUGCGCCGUAUAUGGUUUUCAAUCUCGCGGCAAUCAAUAUCGACAACUCGUACGUGAGAACUUCCUUGGGAGUAACUGGCAUUGUGCUCUGUGCGUUCAGCUUGCUCUAUGGGGGCUUCUGGCGGAUAAGAAUUCGAGAAAGAUACAAUUUGCCUUCCUACACAUGGUGUUGCAACAAACCUAAGGCGAGCGACUGCUUUUUGUGGCUCUUCUGUUGCUUCUGCUCUCUCUGUCAAGAGGUUCGCACAGCAGAGGCUUAUGAUGUUCGCAAUGAUAAAUUCUUUUCUAGGUCUUUGGCUAAGCCACAGACCCCAGGAAGCUCACCUGACCAUGAAAUUCAAGACAACAGGAUGCCAGUCCCAGCGUCCCUCAUACGACCUCUUCCAAGCUUCCCAAUGGUGACAAUUAAAGACCAGAAUUUAUCUCCAGGUGAGGAAAGUGUUAGACAAAUGCGAGACGGGCCUAUUAAUUCAACUGUGUUGUCCCCCCCAUCUCGUCAAUCUAUCGAUCGCAUGCCGGAUCGUCAAAACACGUGACACAUCUUAAGCUUGACAAGAGCAGGCUUGACGAACAUAUGUAACUAAUGUGAGGCGAUUCCACUUUGACAUGAGAAUUUGGACUGAGGGAGGAAUUAUAGACCACUUGCAUGAAAAGGGUCCCUCCAUGCUCUUCACAUGUACAUUAAACUUUCUUUUAGGUUCAAGGGUUUGGAUCCAGAGCUUUACAUGGAGAGCAUACAGCAGAUGCUGCGUUGAACACACGUAAGAAUAAGAGAGUUAUUGACAACUUAGUUUGUGGGGAUCUGAGGUUAAAGAGGUGAUUAACCUAGCUCCUGUGCUACCACUCCCAUCAAAGAAAAGGUGUGAGCCCUAGAGUAGAUCAAUUGUAACGGUGCCAGACUGCAUCUCUUAUUUGUAAACAUCCAAGAAUCAUUCCACUUGGAUCAUUUUCCAUUAGUAUCUAGAUAGGAGUUUAGAUUUUUACACAUAUGAAUGCUUGUGUGCAAUUAUUGAGUGUAAGUAUGUAUCAGUUCAAGGUAGAGUGUAUUUGAACUAAGAGGUUUUCAGUAAGUACAAUUCAAUAAAAUCAAAGCAUUUUUAGAUGAA